ACUGCUAGCGAGUGGGAGGUACGGCUGCGCUCUGUGAAACAGCACCGGUGCGCAGUGAGCUGACACAUCCGUUCGACUUGCGCGUGUCGGUCAAGGCGACCUCUGGCUAAAUUACGUAAUUCCACCACAAAUUCAAGUGAAUUCUUGGGUGUGUUCGAAAAUAAUCCCAGAACCAGACAGUCCGCGAAGCACCCUCCUUAGCUAUAGCUGUAAAAUCCUCCCGUACCCCUAACAAGUGGCAUUUGCAAUACAUUUACUAUGAAUUAUAAACUCAAAGUAACAAUCCCAGUGGUCGUUUGCGGUGGCGCUGUUCUUGCAUAUUACCUCAUCAAGAGGAAAGCCGCAGCAAUGGUGGACGCAGCAACCCUCGAGAAGUUGGAGGCUGGCUUCAGCAAGCUGGCCGCCUCUGACUCCAAGUCACUGCUGAAGAAGUACCUGACCAGGGAAGUCUUCGAUGCUCUCAAGAACAAGAAGACCUCCUUCGGCUCGACGCUCUUAGACUGCAUCCAGUCGGGUGUUGAGAACUUGGACUCUGGUGUCGGAAUCUACGCCCCUGACGCUGAGGCGUACGUAGUCUUCGCCGACCUGUUCGACCCCAUCAUCGAGGACUACCACAACGGCUUCAAGAAGACAGACAAGCACCCCGCCAAGAACUGGGGAGACGUCGAGACCCUCGGCAACCUGGACCCCGCCUCCGAGUUCGUGGUCUCAACUCGCGUGCGCUGCGGACGCUCCAUGGAGGGCUACCCCUUCAACCCCUGCCUGACCGAGGCCCAGUACAAGGAGAUGGAAGACAAAGUCUCCUCCACCCUCUCCGGCCUCGAGGGCGAGCUCAAGGGCACCUUCUACCCGCUCACCGGCAUGUCCAAGGAGACCCAGCAGCAGCUCAUCGACGACCACUUCCUCUUCAAGGAGGGCGACCGCUUCCUGCAGGCCGCCAACGCCUGCCGCUUCUGGCCCACCGGCCGCGGCAUCUACCACAACGAGAACAAGACCUUCCUGGUGUGGUGCAACGAGGAGGACCACCUGCGUCUGAUCUCGAUGCAGAUGGGCGGCGACCUGAAGCAGGUGUACAAGAGGCUGGUGACCGCCGUUAACGAUAUCGAGAAGAGGAUCCCGUUCUCGCACAACGACCGGCUGGGUUUCCUGACCUUCUGCCCGACCAACCUGGGCACGACCGUGCGUGCGUCGGUGCACAUCAAGCUUCCCAAGCUGGCGGCCGACAAGGCCAAGCUGGAGGAGGUGGCGUCGAAGUACCACUUGCAGGUGCGCGGCACCCGCGGCGAGCACACCGAGGCCGAGGGCGGCGUGUAUGACAUCUCCAACAAACGCCGCAUGGGACUCACCGAGUACGAGGCCGUCAAGGAAAUGUACGACGGCAUCGCUGAACUGAUCAAAAUCGAGAAGUCGUUGUAAGGAGUCUUUCGAUCUCGCGCUAUCAGUAUUUUUUGUAUUAUUUAUCGUUUCAUGUAAGGAGUUAAAGUAUCGGAUGGGAGGGUCGGCGGACUAGUCAGGCGCUCCGCGCGCCCGGGCACGCAGGCGGCCCUAUAUUAUACUGUUUUCGUAAAAGUAUUUUCUAUAAGGAAAUGGAAAAUAAAGACAGCUAGCAUUAAGACCAA